GAAAACCCAUAGUUAUCGGAUAGACAGCCGGGCGUGUAAUCCUAGACUUUUAACGUUUCAACUACUGUUGAUUGUAUUUUCCGGCGGCCGUAAAAAUAGUUGUUACAUAUUUGAAGGAUGGCGGUAAACAAGAAGUUGUUGUGGUUCUGAAACAGAUUAUAUUGGUGUAACUUCACACAAUAUACUGAAACAUCACAAAUUUUCUUUCCAAAAAAUAACCAUAGAGAUUUAGAGAAUCUGGAAUUAUGUCAAAAAUUUGGCAGCAUCCUUUUGUAAAUCUAUUUAAACACUAUCACGUUGAAGAAUGGAAGAAGUCAAGCAAAGAAGGAGAAGUUAUGCCUGUGAUGGACAAAACUUUGAAAUGUACUGUGUAUCGCAUCAGUGGAUCAAUUCCAGCCGGAAAUUACAUCCAGCUUCCACGGACAUCAACACAAUCCUUGGGACUCACAGGCCGCUACCUCUACCUUCUAUUCCGUCCAAAUGCUGGCAAGUACUUUGUAGUCCAUUUGGAUGUGGUUACUGAUGAUGAUCUCGUCGUUCGAAUUUCAUUCUCGAAUCUUUUCAAGGAAUUUAAGAGUUCUUCAACAUGGCUUCAACUACCCUUUGUUUGUAAUGCAGCCAAAGAUUCUGUUGACCAUUACACAGCACCUGCAGAUAAACAAGCGAAGCAAGGACCAGCACCAAACAGCACAAAGUGGACUGUACUUGUGCUAGACUUCCAGUACAUUCUCUCCAUGUACUUAAAUCGCAAGUAUGCUUACCUGAAGAAUGUAAGACUCUGUGCUAAUCUCAUGGUGAAAAAUCUAUUUACAAGUGACAUGCAGUAUGAGCCUGGUAUUAGCUUAAAGAAGGCAAAGGACACAGGUCUUCUGGCUCAUGGGGUUGCACCAAUACCGAGGGAGAUGUCUUUCCACCUGCCUAAAGGAGACAAUUGGUGUGACUUGUAUGAUUAUAUAAGGUUUCCUACCUGUGGCUCGAAGGUUCCGUUUGAUUCCAUCCAGGUAGCUGUGAGUAAGAAGGUAUCUUCAAGUCCACAAAAACCCAACCCGCCUUUGGGCAUGCUCAGUCCACAGAGAGUGGAACCGAAACAAGUUCAUGUCGAUAAGAAAGCAGAUGAGCGAGCAACGCUGAUGGGCAAUAUUACAAAACCGAAAAAGGAAAGAAAACACCGACCAAAGGUGACUGCAGAACUACCAGCAGUUCACUUAUCAAGUAAAGAUCCUUCUGUACUUGUGGGACAACAGGGAGAGGUACAUGUGUUUGCUAAGGACAAGGAUGAUGUCACAUUGCAUAGACAUGAUCACAAAUCUGGAUUGAGCACCUCCACUAAGGUCACUACUGGGUCACCACCGAUGUCAAAACAAUUUAACAAGACUCUAAAACCUGAUCCAAUACUAGCAUUGAGAAGAAUUGUUGGAUUUGGUGGAUUCUCAACUACAGAGGCAAUUUGGUCAAUGGAUGGCACUCAUAUUAUCUACCCUUGUCAUUCUGUGGUAGUAUCAAUGGAUGCAAGUAAUGGAGUCCAGAAGUUUUUCUUGGGCCAUACAGAUAAGGUAUCCUGUCUUGCAAUGAAUGGGAAUGGCACUUUCUUAGCAUCUGGUCAAACUGGACGUUUGAGCGUAGUUCGUGUGUGGAACUUUCAAAGUGGACAGUGCCUAGCCAUGUUCAAGACACAUGUUCACUCCUUAUUUGCUCUGAGCUUCUCAGUCUCCGGACGUACAUUGUGUGGAGUUGGCAAAGAUGGACAUGGCAAAAAUAUGAUUGUCGUGUGGAAUACAUCUAAAGUGAAGCGUAGUGGUGAUGUUGAUGUUCUUGCAAAAGCUCACACUGAUGUUGACAUUGUCAGAGUGCGAGUUGCGCCAUUUGAUGACUUAAGAAUUGCAACAUGUGGACGGGACAAUGUCCGUUUAUGGCGUGUAAGAAGUGGACAGUUACGGUCCGCACCGGUUAAUCUUGGUGAUUACCAUGUUGCUGAGUUUACAGAUCUUUGUUUUGAAGCAACCCAUCAUCCCAGUCGAGAUCCAGCUGAUAGAUUAAUCCUAGCAUGUACAAGGUCAGGUCACAUCUUUGAAAUAGACCAUGCUAGAGUGUCAGUGGCCCAUGUCCGUCGUCUUCUGCCAGUUGAUAAAACAAAGGAGAAAAGUACUUUUCGAUCAGGAUCUGGGAUAUCAUUGAAUUGCAUGUGUGUGAAUGCAAGUUUUUGUGCAACUGGGUCAGAUGAUGGAAUGCUUCGUCUGUGGCCAUUGGACUUUUCUAGUGUUUAUCUUGAAGCAGAACAUGAAGGCCCAGUAACAGCUGUAUCAAUCUCCAAUGAUGGUUUACGCAUUCUUGCUGGGACCACAACAGGCAACAUCGGGGUGCUUAACAUUUCCACACGUAGCUACACCACCCUAAUGCGAUCACACACAGAUCAAGUAUUGAGUUUUUCUUUUGAUCCUUUGCAUCGCAACAUUGCUACUGUGUCACGUGAUCGUACCAUUCGUGUCUGGGAUGUACAGACAUUGCAACAGCUUUAUGACUUCAGUACACCUCAGGAAUGCCCAUGUGCAAUAACCUUUCACCCCAGCCUACAGUGCUUUGCCUGUGGCUUUGAAAGUGGCUGUGUCCGUGUGUUCAACAUUGCAUCUACCAGCCUAGUAGCUGAACACAGGGAGCAUCGUGGGAAAGUGACAGGUCUUGCAUUCCCUCCAAAUGCACAGUACCUUUACAGCUGUUGUUCUAUGGGUUCUAUCGCCCUCUAUGAUGCAUCACACGAGGGCUACCAAGUGAUGCGGUUGCUAGGCAAUGCAGUUGCUAAAGGAAACCAAUAUGCACCAGAUAUGCUGUCAGUCAGCGGAGACAGUAAAUAUGUUGCAUACGUUGGUCCAUCAGAAUUUACAGUCACUGUAGCUGAUGGUAAAUCUUUAGAUGAGAUGCUUCGUAUUGACAUCACAUCAAUGGGUCCGGAUGUCGAUCAAGCUGUGAUUGACACCGCCCUCCGUGUUUAUUUCUCACCAUUGAAAGCUCGUCAGCUCUUAGUGGUGACCACUACAAAUAGGUUACUCAGACUGGAUUCAAGGACAGGGCGACUCAUGAAUGAGAUUUCAAAUAUCCAUCGAUCAGGGUGUACAUCAAUUGAUGUGCCAUCCAACUGUCGUCACCUAGCAACAGCGGGUGAUAAAGUUGUCAAGAUAUGGGAUUACCACAUGAGACUUGACAUAAACUUCCAAGUUUUCAUUGGCCAUUCAGAAGCCAUAAAGAAAUUGAUGUUCUCUCCAGACAUGUUGAGUCUGAUCAGUGUUGGUGAAGCCAUCUUUGUGUGGGACUUCUUUGGUACUGGCAGGGAACCAGCUCCAAAAGAAGGGAGAUCUCCAACAAAAAGCUUUCUUGCACAGAAUGAUGGUAAAGGGAGUACUCCAUUUCGAAGCCCAGUUCGAAGAAGCCUUAAUCUAGGAAACAGCUUAGUACCAAGGAAGGGCGCCCCCAAGCCGACAACGCCGGAUAAGUUGGAUGACUUCAGCACAAUGCACAUGAUUCAGAAUACUGAUAGUGAUACUGGACAAUCAGCAGAGGUGUUGAUUGGAGCUGAUUUGGAGAGUAGAACUGAAGAAGAAAUCUCAACAACUGAGAAUGAAGAUGCAAUACCAGAAACACUAGGUUUUAGCUCGAGGGUGAAGCCACAUCGUAGAGUUCACACUCAUUCAACAACAACAGAAGAGGACGAAGAUGAUCUGGUACCAGUUCGUUUACGGAGCAGUAACAAUGUAAAACUUAAAGCCGGCAUUGCCGGUGACAAUUUGAUGCCCAAAACCAGCAUGGUCACUGACAAUGUGAGGUCUAAAGAUAACAUAGGUAACAAAGCAAGGCCUAAAGCAAACAUUGUCAGAGAAGAUAACAGUCCACCUGAUAUCAGCAGUAUGGAGCUACAUAAUAAACCAUCAACCCACAGACACUUCAUCCGCAGAGAAAAUGAUUCCAUUCUGGCACAGCGGCGGUACAUAGCACCACCCAAUCAGGCAGGCUUAAAAUUAAAGUCUGUUCUUGGUUACAAUGGCAACGGUCGUGGCAACAUGGUGUGGCAUGCUGAUGCAGGGUUGUUUGCUUACACCAGUGGAUGUGUGGCCAUAUUGGAAGACCUCAACACUGGCUCUCAGAGGCAUUUGAUAGGCCAUGUUAGUGAGAUUUCCACCCUAGCCCUACAGAAUGAUUGCCAAACGCUAGCUUCAGCCUCUGGUGCAAGCGGCUUAACUAGCAGUCAGAUCUGCUUGUGGGAGGUGCAAGGGGCAGUGUGUAAGAAGGUGUUAUCAUACCACGACCAUGAUAUUGUCUGCCUAGCAUUCUCAAGAGAUGACAGGUUUCUAAUAUCAGUAGGUGAUUAUCGAGAGCGUGCUAUAGUAGUUUGGAAUAUCAUGGACUACAGCGUGAUAGCAGCAUCCAAGACGGCGUUACCAGUACACAGUGUCCAAUGGGAUCCCUACGCAACAAAUGAAUUUGCAACGGUUGGUGAGAAGAGUACAAUGUUGUUUUGGCUGUUGGAUGAAACACAGGAACGAUACAACUUGAAUGUACACGAAGCUACAAUACCACAUGAAAUUAUUGCAUCAAAACAAAGGGUACAGACUGAUGUGUCACUGACUUGUCUGCAGUAUGGUGGUGACAGUGUGUUGUUUGUUGGCACUAGUACAGGUGUCCUCUCAGCCUGGGAUACUCGUCACAAUACAUGCUUCAUGCACUGGGAGGCAGAAACCUCAGAAAUAGGCGUGUUAGUUUGUCGGUUUGGUAGCAGUCGUCUUAUCACAGGUAGUUGUUCACGGAAUCUGCGUUUAUGGUCCAUGUACGGUGUUGGAGAGCUUCGACUUGCAGCCGAUAACAUUUCCAAUCAAGCUUCUGGCAAGGGACUGGUGAUGGAGGAUGAAAUGCCUCUAGAUGGCGCUGUUGUAAGUGCAUCAUUUGAUGACACCAUGGAUAUUGGUGUUGUCGGAACCGAUGCAGGUACGCUUUGGUAUAUCAAUUGGGUCGAGAGGUCAUGUGUCAGGCUAGUUAGUACACACACAAUGAAGAUCACAGAUCUUGCAUUUGGAGGUCAGGAUUUAUUUGCAUCGUCAUCUGAAGAUGGUAGUGUUCGUGUCUGGUCGCUGUCAGAAAUGGAACAAACUGUUCAGUUUCAAAUACAACAGCAGUCUUGCAACUGCAUAACGUUCAGCCACCAGCUGUCACAAAGUGCGAUCAAUCCAGAUUCAAGCACCCAGAGGGCAGUGUUGCCAAAGUUAUUUGCAGGUUACAGUGAUGGUACUUUGAGAGUGUUUGAUCUUGGCAAGGUGGAGCUGGUCCUUAAAAUGCACCCCCAUGCGGUGGCAGUUACUGCUAUUGCAACUUCUGCAGAUGGUCGUGUAAUUCUGUCAGGUGGUCAAGAUGGCCUGAUUGCGGUCAGCAGUCCAGCCACAGGUAUGACGGUCAGAGUCAUUAAUGAUCAUAAAGGUGCUCCAAUCACAGACAUCAAAGUCAGCAUGAAGCAGGGGGAUGAUGAUGUUGGAUUCAAAAGCCCAUCCGUAUGGAUGGCUGCCGGUGCUGAUCGACGGGUCAGUGUCUGGACUGCUGAUUGGUCAAGUGAUAAAUGUGAAAUGAUUGAUUGGUUGUCUUUCCCAGCACCUGCUUUUGCUCCAGAUGGAACCAUUAUUAAAAAGGGGGAAACUAGUGUAUUUGACCUCCUACCUCCAAGUUUGGUACAGUUUUCACCGAUUGACUCCGAUACCAUAAUUUACGCUGGAUAUGGUAUGCAGAAGCAGAUUCAGUUUUACAGCCUCAGCCAAAAGAAGGCUGCCCGCACUACAGCUGUCACACACUGGCCCACUAGUAUAGACGUGUCUCCUACUGGACAUGUAAUUGCUACUGGAUCCACAGAGCGGUUAGUGAAGCUGAUGGAUUACACGGAAGGAAGCUUCCAAGAUUUUAUUGGACACAACGAUGCUGUUCAGCUUGUUGCAUUCACCCCCUCUGGCAAGCUUCUCUUCACCGUAGCUUUUAAUGAGAUAUUUGUUUGGGAAGUUCAAGUGUGAAGUGUGAUCGUUGCUAUCAGAUUGUAAAAUAUUAUAGAUUAAUUUUACAGUAUAUAUUAUACAAUGAAAUAUGCAUUCCUGCAGUGAUUUAUUUAUUUCUUUUAAAGUGUGAUAAUUACCAAAUAUUAAUUAAAUGUAAA